AUGAUUCACCAGAGCCGAGGAAGUUUGGAUUUGGUCUUUGAUUUAAAAACAUGGGUGGAUUCAAUUGCUGCUUAUCUGAAUACCCAUAAGCUAACAGUUAUUGGCGAGAUGGAUGUUGUUGCUGUUGUGAAGAAAUUGAAGAAAGCUGGUAAAGUUGAUAUUUUAUCAGUUGGUCCAGCAAGAGAGGAGAAAAAUGAGGAAAAAAAGGAAGAGAAAAAGGAAGAAAAGAAAAAGGAGAAGAAAGAAGAGAAGAAAGAGGAAAAGAGAGGAGAAGAAGGAAGAGGAAAACUGGAAACGACACAUUAA